UUUAUAACCUCUCGUCCCAGCAAAACCCACCCCAACCGACGAUGUUUGCAGUGCCUUUCGCCUUGCUCAUCUACUUGUUUAUACUAACAGUCGCCACUAAAGCUCAAACGACAUUCAAAUUGACAAAGCAUAGCACCGGCGCCACAUUUGGUAUUCUGCGCAAGAUCGAGUCGUUGGGAACCGGCAGUAAUAGGCGGAGGGAUGUGGAGAUUGAUGGGUCUUCCAGUGGUGGAAAAGGGUAUACGAUCGAUGUGAGCUUGAAUGGAGGCUCGAGUAUACCUGUACUUCAUGCGACUCGUGCACCAGCGGAGGGAUGCAAAGCAGUGGACUAGAGGCGGAGUCAGGCUGUGAAGUGUACGGACUAACAUACCGUAUCGGCAGUGUGAAGGGGUGUAUCGUGGAGAGCACGAUGGCGGUUGGGGAAUGGACCGUCGACAAUCUUCAUGCCUUGGCUAUCAGCUAUGUCGAUGAUGAUAUGCUUUGGGAAGGAUCAUUCAUGAGCGGGCUUUGGGGUUUGGCUCGAGACGGUGCAACGGUCGAUGGAGCGCCAACUGCAAUCAGUCUUAUGUAUUCUCAAGGCCUGAUAGAGGCGCCGGUCGUUGGAUUCUACCUCGGGCGAGAGGGUGAUGGCACCGAGAGCGAAAUGACCAUCGGAGACGUCUCUUCUAUUAGCUACGCUCAAACAAGCAAGAAGGUGACCGUCCCAUCUCGAAACAACACCUACGACUUGUAUCAAGUGUCUAUGGAUUCGAUAUCGGUCAAUGGCAAGACAUUGGAAAGCGAUAUAGUCGCCUACAUUGACACAGGAUCUACGGCCAUAUCCACCCCCGAAACGCUCGCCGGAGAGAUAUACAUCGCCCUCUUUGACGGUAUAGCCUACAAAUACGGAACGUCGUACAUUGUACCAUGCGAACCUCUGACCAACGCCUCAAUCGCUUUCACCUUUGGUGGAGUAGCGUUCGACAUGGCGUCCGAGGACCUUGUUGGGGAUGAUAUUGCCGAUAAUUCUGGUUGGUGUUAUGGCCGCUUUGUUUCCCUCUACGAAGGCGUCGAUUAUAUGGUGAUAGGCGAUGCCUUUCUCCACAACGUUUAUCAUACCGUCAAUGUCCAGAAUGGGGACGUCACAUUCUACGCUCUUUCGUAAAUCGCGGCUCCAUUCGGGACCGUUUACCAAUGUCAGUAUGCACUCUUUCUAUUUCGAGG